CAGUAGGAUUUGAGUCCAAAUAUGUUCAAAUUUCUUUCUAAUCAUUUGGUAAGUUCACUAGUUUGAUCUGCCGAGUAAUGAUGUCGGUAUUGGACUAGUACGGAUUGAGAAGGCAAUACGUUUGUUGACGGGGACCGAGACACAAUCUAAGAGCGAACGAAGAAAAACGAGGUUCAGUUUGGAGUAAUUUUCAGAUAGCAGUAUAUUUUUUUUUGAAGUUGUGCCUCUAAGGACUCUGAUUUACUAAAAAGGUACCCCUCUUUCAUAAUAUAAAAGCGUUUUUUUAUAUUAGUGUAGUGUCAAAAAUGCUCUAUUAUAUUAUAGGACAGAGGGAGUAAAAGAGAGUUAACUGGUUAAUUUGAGAAAACUGAGAUAAAAAUCGUUAUAACACGUGCUCACACGCCUAAGACCCCUCUGAACAAACGACAUACAAGAACCCUGUUCUCCAACUGAAUACAUUGCGUUACACUUACACAUGAUAUUGUACUUACUACAAUUCGUCGCCCUGUUCUCCAUCCUCAGUUUUGUUCCAUGUAUUGCUUUAUAUAUGUUGCCUGAAAGAAAAAUCCUGCAGCAACUUAGUAUAUUAUUAAAAGGAAAAUAAAAGCAAUAAGAAGACCCUUCACAGGAAUAAGAGACAAAUAACAGCACGGACAUGUGCAAAUUUCAGGUCAACCGGACCUGCCUCCUUGGAACCGCCAGGCCAUCCAAACAUAGCACAAGCACGGGGUACACUCAAUUUUUUCGUGUUGCUACAAAAGCUGCCUAUGCAUAAACACUUGCCAAUAUUAGAGAAGAGUGACAGGAACCAGUAACAAAAAUAGGCAGCUGCCCAUGGAUAGAUUCAAGGGUGUCUUCCCCACCUCCCCACCACCAUUGCAAUCUUUUCCUCCACGCAGGGGAAAGGAAAGGGUUCUUCCUCAUCCACCUACCAGAGGAGGAAGAAGAAGAAGCCGAAUUAAUCGGAUCGGAAGAAAGAACCGUCGAGAACCAUGGCGAGCAAGGCCCACCUCUCCUUCCUGCUCCUCGCGGUCGUCGCGGCCUCCCUCGCCGGCCCGUCCGCCGGCAUAUUCCACAUCGUCGGCGCCGGCAAGGGGUGGCGCAUCGCCCCCAACCAGACCUACUACGCCGACUGGGCCCGCACCAGGGACAUCCACGUCGGCGACAAGCUCAUGUUCCUGUACCGGAGCGGGGUGUACGACAUCGUGCAGGUGCCGACCAAGGAGCUGUUCGACGCGUGCAGCAUGGACAACGUCACCAUGCGGUACCAGCUCGGCCCCACCAUCAUCAAGCUCGACACGCCCGGCCCGCGCUACUACUUCUGCGGCGUCGGCGAGCACUGCGAGGGGGGCCAGAAGGUCGCCGUCAACGUCUCCGGCGACCCCGCCGCCCCCGCCACCGCCACCGCCACCGCAGCCCCCGAGGCGCCCGCCGCAGCGGCGCUGCCGCCGGCGUCGUCGACGGCGCAGGCGGAUGCCGAGCAGGCGUCGUCGACGGCGCAGGCGGAGGCCACUCAGGCGUCAUCGACGGCGCAGGCGGAGGCCGCUCAGGCGUCGUCGCUGGCGCCGGCGGAGCCCGCGCAGGCGUUGUCGACGGCGCAGGAGGAGCUCGCGCAGGCGUCGACGAUGGAGGUGGACCCCGCGAAGCUUGUGGACGCCAAGAAGAAACUAUAGGCAACAUGUAUGGCAUGCAUAUAUGUAUUUACCCAGUACGUAUGUAUUUUUGCCGCACAAGUACAAUAGCCCUCGAUCUGGGCUUGGAUCGAUGUACGUAUUUACGCUCAUACUAAGCCACGGCGCAAUUGGAUCGUA